AUGGACGAGGAGAAGAUGUCCGAACAACAGCUCAAGAGGAAGGGCGGUCUCAAGACCAUCCCAUUUAUCAUGACAAAUGAAAUCUUCGAGAGGGUUGCGAGCAUUGGGCUUACAGCGAAUAUGACCAUUUACCUCACAAAAGAGUAUCACAUGACCCCUGCAACUAGCGCUAUUGUUCUGUUAAUAUGGGGAGCAGUAACAAAUUUCUUACCCAUUUUUGGGGCUUUCCUUUCUGAUUCUUACUUGGGUCGCUUCCGUGUGAUAGCAAUUGGAUCAGUUGCAUGCCUCAAUGGGAUGGUUCUCCUAUGGCUAACAGCAGAGCUACCUGGAGCAAAGCCCCCUGCUUGUGACCUUGCUCUCCACAAGUGCCAGAGCCCGAGCCAUUCGCAGCUCGCUCUCUUAUACUCUGCUUUUGCCCUGAUCUCCGUAGGAACUGGCGGCAUCAGGCCAUGCUCCCUAGCCUUCGGCGCAGACCAGUUCAACCGGCCGGACAACCCUCAGAAUGAGAGGACCCUGCAGACCUUCUUCAACUGGUACUAUGCUUCAGUCGGGGUAUCCGUUAUCAUCGCAGUGACCGUCAUCAUCUAUAUACAAGAUAAGAAGGGAUGGAGAGUGGGUUUCGGUGUUCCAGUAGUGCUCAUGGCAUUAUCUAUCAUCUGCUUCCUGCUUGGUUAUUUUCUUUACGUCAAGGUGAGGGGUAGAAAGAGCAUGCUCACCGGCCUUGCCCAAGUGGUCGUCGCAAGUGUCAGAAAUAGGCAACUAGUCUUCCCAUCAGAGGCUGAUGAUGAUUGGUGGUAUCAUCGUGAGAAGGGUUCAAAAAUCAUGGUUCCCACUGAAAAAAUAAGGUGUCUGAACAAAGCCUGCGUCGUCAGAAAUCCUGAAAAGGACUUGAACCCCGACGGCGCCGCCGCAGACCCGUGGAAGCUGUGCACUGUGGAGCAAGUAGAAUACCUCAAGUCGAUGGUGCGAGUGAUGCCAAUUUGGUCAACCGGAAUCAUGGCAGCAGUUAUCAUAAGCCAGCAUUCGUUCCCGGCGCUGCAGGCAAACAGCAUGGACCGGCACAUGAGCUCCAGGUUUGAGAUCCCUGCAAGUUCCUUCGUCGUGUUCGGGAUCACCACCUUGACGCUUUGGGUGGCCAUUUACGACCGGCUGAUCGUCCCUCGCCUGGCGAAUAUCACCGGAAGGCCUCGCGGUCUCACCCUCAAGCAGCGGAUGGGGAUCGGGCUGGUGUUGUCGUGCGCCGCCACAGCCGUCGCAGCCACCGUCGAGCGCACUCGGCGAAGAAGAGCAAUCGAGCAAGGGGUGGCAGAUAACGAGAAAGCGGUGAUCGACAUGUCCGCGAUGUGGCUGGUGCCGCAGUACUGCCUGACUGGCUUAUCCGAGGCUUUCAAUAUAAUCGGGCAGAUCGAAUUUUACUACUCUGAGUUGCCUAAGACCAUGGCCAGUAUUGCGGUGGCUCUGCUUUCGCUGGGGUGGGGAGUUGGGGACCUGGUGGGGGCUUUGAUCGUGGUGCUUGUCAAAAAGAUCAGUGCAGGGAAUGGAAGAGUUGGCUGGCUUGAUAGCAACCUAAACGAGGGCCACUACGACUACUACUAUUGGAUCCUUACUCUAUUGAGUGUGGUUAAUGUUUUCUACUUCCUUGUUUGUAGCUGGGCGUAUGGUGAGGAGGGCAAAAAUAGAUUCGGGGAAAAGGACGACUUGGUGGAAGAGCUGGCCUCCAAGUCCGGGGAGUUGUCCAUUGUCCUUUGAAUUGUAUGCUUUUGGUUUGGCUCGUGUAAGUUCCAUUCUGGCCAUGCUUUAGGACUAGCAGCUUGCAAUGAAUCUCCUUCUGGAUCCAAGCGGCCCUUGCA